GUACGGGUAUUGACCUUAAUAUUGUACUCGUAAAAUAGGUAAGAGACCAUAUACCGAUAUAUGGUCUCUGAACACGUAAACAAAAUAACCUUUUAGUAUAUAGCCUGCCAUACACUCACGUGGACUCUUCCGGCGAUAUAAGAUCAUCGACGCAGAAGAAAAUAUAAGUGCCCAUCGACGCAGAAGCAAAUACAAGAUGGCCCACACAAAGGCACCUGCUUGUGUGAGCAAUAUGGAAGACACGAGACUCGAUGAGAAGCCCCGCAAGAGUCCGAAACAUGCGGUGGACAUCAUUGAUGUGGAGAAGGACAUAGAAGCGGACGACCCCUGGGCCCUUCCUGACUCCAUCGACACAGGCAAAAAAUGGCACGAAAUAAAGGACCUGGAGAAGGUGAAGCGAGUUGUGUUCAACAUCCUGAAGGUGGUGCUGCUACUCGGGUUCCUCUACAUGUUUGUCUGCUCCCUGGACUUCCUCAGCUCAGCAUUCCGACUUCUGGGAGGUAAAGCUGCAGGAGAAGCGCUCAGCGAUGUGGAGCUCCUUUCUAAUCCCGUGGCCGGGCUGAUGGUCGGCGUCCUGGCAACCGUGCUGGUACAGAGUUCCUCCACCUCCACCUCCAUCAUCGUCUCCAUGGUGUCCGCCGGCAUGCUACCCACUCGGCUUGCUAUCCCCAUCAUAAUGGGCACGAACAUCGGGACGACUAUUACCAACGUGCUCGUCUCCCUGGGUCAGAUCGGGGACAGAGACCGGUUUAGACGCGCCUUUGGGGGCGCCGUUCUACAUGACAUGUUCAACUGGCUGACGGUGUUGGUGCUGCUACCGGUAGAGGUCGCAAGUGGCUAUUUGUAUAGCCUGUCUGGACUGAUGGUGCAGAACAUCAACGCUGAUCCUAAUGUUGAAAACCCGGAUCUGCUCAAGGCCAUUACCAAACCUCUGACUGGGAAAAUUGUAGAGCUGGACAACGAUGUGAUUCGAGCCAUCGCAAGGGGAGAUAACACAACAGACACCCUAAUCAAGUUCUGCUGUGGUAAAGGUGAAAAUUCAACGUGUGCCGAAGACUGUGAACACCUGUUCAUGGAGACCAGUCUCUCAGAUACUGAGGUCGGCCUGAUCCUGUUGGUGGUUGCACUAAUCACGUUAUGCACGUGCCUCGUGCUGAUCGUGAAGAUCCUGCAGUCGCUGCUGAAAGGGGCGAUUGCCAAGGUAAUCCGGAAGAUAGUGAAUGCUGACUUACCUGGUAUUCUACGUCCAGUAACCGGCUACGUGGUCAUGCUGGUCGGCGCUGGACUCACCUUCCUGGUCCAGAGCAGCUCCAUCUUCACCUCUACUCUCACCCCCCUCGUGGGAAUGGGCGUUAUCAAGGUGGACCGUGUGUUUCCCCUUGUUCUCGGAGCUAAUAUCGGUACUACCUUCACCAGUAUCUUAGCUGCUUUGGCAUCAGAUAGCACAGGCUUCAAGAAUGCCCUCCAGGUGUCCUUCUGUCACUUACUGUUCAACAUUAGUGGUAUUUUAAUAUGGUACGGGAUCUGGCCUGCUAGACAAGUCCCAAUCCGUCUGGCAAAGGCACUGGGUUCAGUAACUGCAGAAUAUCGCUGGUUCCCGAUUUUCUACAUAUUUAUUGUAUUUCUUUUUUUCCCUAUGCUUGUGUUUGGACUUUCAUUGGCCGGAUGGGAAUACCUCGUUGGGUUUGGUGUCCCUGUCAUUGUGCUGAUCGUUUUCGUCAUCACCAUGAACCGUCUCCAGAACAGCGAUCGCAUUCGCCCGCGCCUGCCCUACCGUCUACAGAGCUUUGAGAACAUGGGCAUUCCCCUGUGGUUGCGCUCCUUACAGCCUUACGACAACAAGAUCACUGAGUUGCAGGUGUUGUGUGGCUGCUGUAAAUGCUGCAGAAAGAAGACCCAGGUCGAUGUUACUGAAGACAAAGCAGAGAGGGUCAACUGUGAUAACAAAGCUUUUGAUGGUGAAAGAUUAUAAGCCAAUGUGUCACUGAAUGAGAAUGAUAUUACAACACAAACAUUGCACAUAAUUUAAACAAUGUUUUUUUAUUUUUAAAAUGACCUGAUCUCUGUUCUUUUCGUCGAAUUAUCUAUGUGACCCAAAUGUGUUGCAACAAGAUGACACUGAUGGAAGCUCAUUCAUUAUUGCAUUGCCGAAAUAACGGUAACAAUAGCCUUAAUUGUGCAAAGGCGUUCUAAAAUGAAAAAACACCAUAAUAAUGUUGGUUGGUUGGUUGGUUGGUUGGUUGUUUAACGCCGCACUCAGCAAUAUUCCAGCUAUAUGACGGCGGUCUGUAAAUAAUCGAGUCUGGACCAGACAAUCCAGUUAUUGAUAUCAUGAGCAUCGAUCCACGCAAUUGGGAUCGAUGACAUACAUCAACCAAGUCAGCGAGACUGACCACCUGAUCCCGUUAGCCGCCUAUUACGGCAAGCAUAGUCACCUUUAACGGCAAGCAUGGGUUGCUGAAGACCUAUUCUACCCCGGAAUCUUCACGGGUUCAUAAUAUAUGUAACUGAACUGAUCUGGCCUAACUGCAAGCUUUUGUGGCCACACACGAAACUACGUGUAAGUAAACGAUGUGAAUGAUCUUUAAUACGCAUCAAUGUCGUGAACAACACCAGAGGUUUAGCAAAAGACCAGGUUGGUGUAGAGCAUCUAGGAAUACUGUAGACAGGAAGGGGUUGGCGUUACUCGCGUGAGCCCUGUUAUUGUUCACUUACCGGACUUCUCGAAAUGUCGUCAUUCGUGUCCUAUUUGAACAAAAUCGUGUAUUUUUCACGCGUAAGCGAGUCCAAAACUGUAAAUAAGACUAUGUUUGUGCCUUGAGUCAGCUGGGGUUAAAUGACGCAAACAGGUGGCAUUGUCCUGUAUUUACACACACUAACUUACUGAGGCCCCAACUUCUUUUCUAUAUAUUUCCGUGACUACUUUUCAAGAGUAGCUGUGGAAAUAGACACUCCUGUCAACUUCACACAGCCGUGAUUACCAUGGCUGUUCCAAUAUAUGAUACAAGCUCAAAUACAGGGCUGUUACUGAACCUGCACUUCGCUGUCCGGGGCCCACGCGUGUCUCCCGUGUGUGUUAGCCCAUGGCCCUGAGUACAACAAUUCCAUAGUGUCUGACGGUAUCCUUUAGAGAACGACAAUGAUAGGUGUUACCAGGCAGGAUCCUGAUCCAUACUUUAGCACAGUCUUACGGGGCGGUGGGGUAGCCUAGUGGUUAAAGCGCUCACUUGUCACGCCGAAGACCCAGAUUCGAUUCCCCACAUGGGUACAAUGUGUGAAACCCAUUUCUGUUGUCCCCCGCCGUGAUAUUGCUGGAAUAUUGCUCAACGCGGCGUAAAACCAUACUCUCUCACUCACAAACUUACGACAGUAAUUAUCACUUUGUGAAACGGUGCCCUGGUAGAAGGCCAGAAAGGCUUCAUUCGACCUCGAUGUGAAGAGGAUGUAGCGUUGUUGAUCUGAUCUGUAUUAAAUGGUGUAAUAAAAACCUUAAAUAAA